AUGGGCGUGCUGAAAUUCACGCUCGUGAUUUGCGCGCUCGCUGGAUUGUGGCAACCGCUCUCGUGGACGUCGUUGCUGAAACGCGCAACUUACAAAGCUUACGCGGUAUUUCUCGUCUCCUCAUUGCACGCGUUUCUAAUGUCGCAAUGUGUUCACAUAGCGCUGAACGUUGACAAUUCCGACGAAUUCACCGACGCCCUGUACAUGAUGCUGACCGUGUUCGUCGCGGGCUACAAACAAAUUUACAUGUGGAUAGAUCGCGAGAAUAUGAAAACUCUGAUAAACGUGUUCGUCGAGAAGCCUUUCGCGCCGUACGAAACACACGAACUAAUGAUUCAAGAAAAGUUUGAAAAAAGUAUACGGAACAAUACAACGCGGUAUUUAAUUAUUGUCACAAUGUCCGUUAUGUCGAUAAUUUCGACGUCGGUUUUGAUGGACUUUACAAAACAAAGACUCACGUACAAGGCAUGGGUGCCGUUCAAUUAUUCAUCUUUUGCUCUUUACAAUCUGGUGUAUUUUCAUCAAUUGAUAGCGAUGUCCACUUCCGGUAUAGUGAACGUCGCUUGCGAGAGCUUAAUUUUCGGACUGUUGCUGCACAUCUGCGGCCAAAUUGAAAUUCUGGAGCAUCGAUUGACAAAAAUCACGCAUUGCAAGAACAUUGUGCGGGACUGCGUCGAGCAUCACAACUGCAUUUUUGAGUACGCGUACACGGUAAACAACACAUUCGCGAAAAUAAUUGGUAUCCAAUUUGCGGUCAGUAUGCUGGUGGUAUGCUCGAAUCUAUAUCGAAUAGCCAUGGCGACGAACUAUCUAAGCUUCGUUCCGUUACUGAUGUACACGAGUGCCAUAUUGGUGCAGAUCUUCAUUUACUGCUGGUUUGGAAACGAAGUCAAGCUAAAAAGUUUAUACUUGAUGAACAGUAUUUACGAAAUGAACUGGCUGGCGCUUGAUAACGGUGAUAGAAAAGCUCUCUUGUUGUUUAUGAGACGCUCGAUGAAUCCCAUAGAAUUCAAUAGCGCUUACAUCAUCACGAUGAAUCUUGAUUCGUUCGUGAUAGUUAGUAUCAGUCAGUAAAAAUGUAAUAUAACAACUUUGUUAAUAACUGUAUGCGAUUGUUUUUUUUCUUUUUUUACAGUUGCUCAAGAUGUCAUAUUCAAUUUUCAAUUUAUUGCGUCAAACGCAAGAGCAGUGAUUCGUAAGAAAUUAGUUGCUAUUUUUACGAUACUUCUUACGUUAAAAUGUGAGUACAAACAUUCUCUUAUCUUAGUGAUAUCGUGUAUACAUAUAUAUGGUAUCACGUUUAUAGCUCGUACAAAUAUCCACAGUUGUGCAAACAUGU